UUCCCAUCAGUUUGUUUUGCGACGUCGAGGCAUGUGGAGCGUCGACCGACGUCGUCUCGUGUGUUGUUUUUUCGUCAUUACGAUUUCUUCUUCAUCUCGUGGUGAAUCACGCACGUUGCCCUGCUGACGAACUUUGUCGAGUGCCAACAAUCGCUCGUGUGUGUCGACUUGAUUACACCGGAAGUCGAGUGUACUCCCCGCUACUUUUUAUUUGUUGGCCACCACCAGUGAAUUCCGUUCCGCCACUGAUACACGAGAGGAGGAAAAAAAUAUGCGUCUAUCUUGGCCAAACCGUGUCAACAGCCGAAGGACGAUCCUGACAGAUCGGGAAGAUGUUGAAGAAGAAAUGGCGGUGGCAGAAACGCCAGUGUCGGCUGCCACCUACGACAUGCCAUCAUCGCCCGGCUCCUUGUCGACUACCAACGAUGCUGCCACUCUGAUCGCAUCUCCUGACCACCGAUCAGGAUCUUUUCCAGUAAACAACCGAAGGAUCAGCCGCUAUGGAGCUCAACAGCUCGAAGCCAUUUCCAUCGUAGACGAUGAAGAUGAUGAUGAUGGAGACGACGAUGAUUACGAACAGAAGCGGCAGCUAUUAACUGAUAAAUGGCGGCAGCUGUUCGACCAGUUCGAUCCGGAAGGUUUCGGAGAGAUUCCGUGGGAGGAUUUCGGCCGUGCCCUGCGGUCGCCCGAAUUUCGUCAACACAUUGAGCCGCACAAGAUCCAACAGCUGGAGGAGAAAUUUCACCUGCAACAACAACAACUCGACAAGGACCAGUCUGAGGACAACAGGAGCGGCUGCAGCGGCGGCGGUCACCACGACGACCGACCCACCAGUCGGACGACGGCCAUCACUUUCCAGGAUUUCGUCAAUGUGAUGAGCGGGAAGCGGAGCCGGAGUUUCAAGUGCGCCGUGCAUCACCGCGACCGUCAAGUGUGCAGCGAAAACGAUUUUCACCUGCUCCUCCAGCCGCCCACUCUCUUUCAAAGAAUGGUGAAGGUGAUUGCGGACGAGUUCCUGACGGACGAUCGGGAGCGCAAGUAUUACGCGGACCGUUAUUCGUGCUGUCCGCCGCCCCUCUUCAUCAUCUUCAUCACGCUCGUUGAGUUGGGCUUCUUUACUUAUUAUACGGUGGUAAUGGGUGAGAUUAACCCGUCCGGUCCAGUGCCCAUCAAUUCCGUUUUCAUCUACCGACCAGACAAACGCGGUGAGAUCUGGAGGUUUCUCUGCUACAUGGUCCUGCACGCUGGGUGGCUACAUUUACUGUUCAACUUGUUGGUCCAAGUCCUGGUCGGCCUACCGCUCGAAAUGGUUCACGGCUCCAUGAGAAUAGGAGCCGUUUACAUGGCUGGCGUUUUAGCCGGUUCGCUGGGGACAUCUGUGUUCGAUACGGACGUCUACCUCGUUGGUGCCUCUGGUGGUGUCUACGCUUUGCUGGCCGCCCAUUUGGCCAACGUUUUGUUGAAUUACAAUAACAUGGAAUUCGGCAUCGUUCGGUUGAUUGGAAUCUUCAUUGUUGCUAGUGCAGACGUUGGAUUCGCCAUUUAUGACCGGUACGCCGCUGAGCAGGUGGGGCCUCCCGUUUCUUACGUGGCUCACUUGACGGGUGCUCUGGCUGGUUUGACGAUCGGCCUCUUGGUGUUGAAGAAUUUCGAACAGAAACUGCACGAACAACUCAUUUGGUGGGUGGCGCUCGGUGUCUACGCGGCCUGCACUCUCUUCGGCAUCCUGUUCAACGUUUUCAAUCCCGAUCCUUUUUACCCGGCCAAUUGACGUACCAACUAGAGAAACUGGCCGCUAGAUGUCUCUAAAACGCUAAUCGACUAGAACCACCGCCGCUAGGUGGCAGCUCCAGUUGGGAAUGAAAACAACAACAACAGUAGUUGGGUGCAAACAAAAAAAAAAACAAACAAGAAACCAAAGUGAAAAAACGAAUAAUUAGUUGUGUGGUGCGUCUCCAGCUGAAGAUAAAAGAAAAUUGAAAUUAUUUAAAAGACACACAUCGAAGAAAUUUUGUUUUUCUCCCAAAAUUGAAAAAAAAAUUAGAAACAAAACAAAAAAAUUCUAAAAACGUCGGCGAAUAUCAUCGAAGAGUACCAGCUAGUCGAACGGAAAACGCACGAUGAUUGGACACGGUUUGACAGAUACUUAUUAUCUUUGACCUUCUUCUUUCCUGUUUUGUUGGUUUGAUCCGUCUCUCUCUCUUUCUCUGGCCCAAUCCCCUUCUAUCGCUCGCUCGCGACUCGUUCAAAAAUGGUUUACCUUUUCCCCCCAUCUCUAUUUGUCCUCCUUUUUUCAGAAUGAUAUUUACAAAUUGAGGAGGAUGUUAUAUAUAUAUAACGUGAUCCAAAGUUAUGAUUGUUGAUCUUUCUGUUGUCACACUUUUAAACAAAAAUUGGUUUCUCUCGUGUAGUUUUUUUUUUCGUGUGUCUCUCUCUCCUGUUUGUGCAUGUCUGCGUCUGAAUGCCCACCCCCUCAUUCAAGUCAAAUGUUUUUUCCUUCCUCGUGUAAGUCUGAACAAAAACUUGUCAUGCAAGUCUCACCAGACCUUGUUUUCCCGUAACUUUUUUUCCCCUUCUGUUCUUUGUGGUCUUCACAGAAAAUGUUGUUUCGUCUCAUCUCCAAAAUAUUUGUUCCACCCACCUCUCCAAUCUGCAUCCAUAUCCAAUGUGUACACUUGCAAGUUGUUGUUAUACUCUUUUCCUGUCUUUCUCUUUUCACCUUCCUCCUGGCCUUGUAGGUCUGCCCGGGCCAGUUAGUCAUUGUUCUCUUGUCACAGAGAGAGAAUGGGAGCCAAGAUCAUUUUGAUUCCGUUGGAGGUCAGAGUCUCUUGCAGAAAAACAACAAAACAAUAGACCCCCCCCCCCCUCCCCACCUGUCACUUAUUUCUUGCUCCACAUCCCAAUUGUGUCGUCCCUCGUUCAGUCCUUUCUCCGAGUUGUCAUCAAUGUCCGAUCUUGUAUAACUCUCCACCUUAAACAACAAUCAAGAGUUUUUAAUCAACUCAUCACACAGACUUUCAUCAAGUUGGAGCCAUUUGUCGUUCAUCAUCAUCCCUCGCCUUGUCGGAUUGGGUCACUUCUCAGGGAUGUGUGUGAGGGGGGGGGGGGGGCAAUCAUUCAACCGGGAAACAAAUAUUCUUUCUCUAUCUCUCUCUUUAUUACUUUCUCUACACACAGAAACCGUUGCGAAAAAAAAACUAACAAAAACAACAAAAAACAAAAUUUAAUUAUUCACCAGUCUUUAAAACUAUUCCCUCCCCCCCCCCUUUUUGCUGCUACUACUGCAUCUACAAAUAUAUAUCAAAUGAUUUUGCCUGUUA